GACCGUGAAAGUUAUGGUGGAUCUUCUUCAGCUUUAACUUACGGUACGAUCUCAACUGCAAUUGUGUCAUUACUGUCACUUUCCGGAGCUCUUGUGAUCCCAUUAAUCACUGGAAAAGCUAGACACAGAUGGAUGCAUUUUUUCGUAGCGCUGGCAAUCGCAACACUCAGUUCUGAUGCUGUUCUCCAUAUAAUCCCACAGGGGCAUGACCACGAUCACGAUCGCAGCAAUGGUGAACACGACCAUAACCAUGACCAUGACCACGAUCAUGACCACGACCACGACCACGAUCAUGACCACGCUCAUAACAUACAGAAACGCCAUGUACACCGGCGAAUACUUCUCCGACUUACGGCUGUAAUGUUCACCAUCUAUAUCAUCUAUUUCAUCGAGUUCGUCGCUUACUAUCGAAAAAAUUUUGUUCACAGUAACGAUGUCUCUCCCGAUAACGACUCCGACUCAAGCGAUGACGACAUCGAGAUCUGCUGUGGUUUGAAGUCGAGAGCAGUAGUGAUUUUAUUUGGCGAUGGUGUUCAUAACUUUGUCGAUGGUAUUGCAAUCGGUUCUUCUUUCAUUCAUUCAAUGAAACUUGGACUAAUCACAUCGAUUGCCGUCAUUUGCCAUGAACUUCCACAUGAAUUAGGAGACUUGGCAGUACUGAUCGAGUCCGGUUUGUCGAUGAAAAAAGCGUUGAUUCUCAACUUACUCUCUGCUCUCACAGCUUUUCUGGGACUAUACACGAGCAUAGCACUAGGUAAGUGGAACAUGCAGAUGUGGUUGCUUGCUAUCACGGCUGGAAUGUUCCUCUAUGUGGCAUGGAUAGACAUGCUCGCUCAUUUGAAACACGAUGGAGUACACAAGGAUCACUGGACAAUAGCAUGCCUUUUACAAUAUUCAGGAUUCCUAACAGGAUUCAUAUUGAUAUUCGCACUUGGCUGGUUUGAAGAGCAAUUGUUCGCGUCGAGUUGA